GCCGCCGCAUCUCGACCGCCAGUCGCCGCCCGUCUGCUCCUUCAUGGUCUGAACGCGCGCCCAUUUCUCGGUGCCCCCUUCAGACAAAGGCGGCGUCACCUCGAUGAGGCUCGAAGCCAGGACAGUCGCACCCCCAUCGCUUGACCCUGUCAAGAUGGAGGACCGCAAACGGCCCAUCGCCGACGACGCUGCGCCUCCCGCAAAGCGGCAAGCCGUGGCGGUCAACGGUGCUCGCUCCCACCCUGACGCUGACCUGCCCUGGAAAGAUGACCUUGAGGCUUUCCAGAAAGAUGCCAUUCUGCGCCAGAUGCGCGAGUUCAAACGCGAAAAGGCCACGGUCGAGUCACAACUGAGCGAGUUGGAGGGCCGCUCCAGGCACCACGACGACCAUCUGCGAACAAUUGAUGCUUGGUUUGAUCAGCUUAUCGAUGAAAUCAAACUCCGGGGGGCUGACCAGCUGCCGACAUCGUCAGCCGCUUCGGAAUCCGCUCCCUCGGUCCCUGGUGCCCUGCUCUGCCAAGAUAAUGCCACGUUCAAGGAGCACCUGUCCAAGCGCAGGGAAAAGAUUCUUUCUGCCCUCUCGCAGCUGUUUGCCAAGUUUCCUGCUGCCAGUCCCGAGGUUGCGCAACUUCAGAAAAAGCUCUCAGAGCUGCUAGCCAGCGAAAAGGAACAUGUCAUUCGACUCCAGCGGGUGGCCACGGAAAAGGAGCAACUGUCUGACCGGCUGGACACGGCUACGCACCGCUACCUUGUUGCUGAAAAGAAGCUGGACCGGCUAAAAAGCGCCCAGGUGCAGAAGCUCGAGCAGCAAGCAGUCGGGGCCAGUGCUGGGGCGAAAGAGGAGGCUCCGUCAGCGGGCAACGGAACAGAGGCGGUGAACGGCACGUCGCCCGGGCCCAUUAACGAGGAGCUGGAGACUGCAAAGAAUCAGGCCAUAGCCGAGGCUGCCAAGCGGAAAGAACAUCUUGAGCAGAUUGAGCAGGAAAACAAAAAACUGACUGAAGAGUUGACGGCAUUAAAGGUGAAGCUUACGGGGCUUUCGGAUGAUGACUAUGCCAAGACGGAUCUGUUCAAGGCAAUCAAAAGCCAGCACGAAGACGUGAUUAAGCGCAUCAACAACCUGGAAGCACAAAACAUUUCGUUGCGGGAAGAAGCGCAAAAGAACCAGGCGGAGCGGACGGCGUAUCGGAUCAAGGUUGAUGAAGAAGUGCGCACAACGCUGGCGGAGCAUGCGAGCCACGUUUCGCAAGCAGAAGCAAACUGUGCGCGGAUUCGAAACGCGCGUGAUGAGCUGGUUAGCAAGAACCACGUCUUGGAAGCCAGCCACAAGGAUUCCAAGGAGUCGAUUGAGCAGUCGAAGCAGCUGGUGAGUGCGUGCGACAGUCGAAUUGCUGCGUUGGAGUCGGAAUGCGAGCGACUGCGGGUGCAGAUUGGCGAACAGCAGGCAUGCAUGGGCCAGCAAGGCGCGGAGCUGGACGACUUGACGCCCGAGCAGCUACGGGCCAAGGUGUUGAAACUGGAGAGCCAAGCACGGCUGCUGAGCAACGAGCUCCCGGCAAUGGAAGCAGCAUGGAAGAAGGCACAAGCGAUUGCGAGCAAGAAGAUUGCCGAGAUUGCUACAUGGGAAGAGAACAUUGCCAAGGCCCACGCGGACAAGGCCAAGGCGGACCAAAAGUUUUUUGCAGCAAUGAAGACGAAGGGAGAGCUAGAGCAGCAAAUACGGAUUCUUCGGGCGCAGUCUACGAAAGCCACGGAAGUGGUUGCGCAUACGAAGGAGGCGGACUCACUCAGCCGGUCACUGGUGGACAAGCUGGAGAAGCAGACGGCGGAAAUGCGGUCGCAGAUGGACGAUCUGUCGAUGCAACACCGGCAGCUGCAGCAAAAGGUCAGCGAGAACGCGAUUACGUCGGAGGGCCAGGUGGGCCAGAUAGCGGAGCUCAAGAAGCUGGUCGAGGCCAAGGACGCGACGUGUGUAGCAGCCAAGCACGCACAGCGCGAGGCCGAGACGGAGCGCGACAAGCUGGCGGCGCAAGUGAGCGGGCUGGAGAAGCAGGUGCACAUUUACAAGAAGAAGAGCACGGCCAACCAGAGCACCGAGGUGUCGACGAUGGAGCUGCUGAUCCAGUGCCAGAUUUGCAAGAGCAAGCUCAAGAACACGGUCAUCAAGACGUGCGGGCACAUGUUCUGCGACCAGUGUGUGCAGGACCGGCUGACGAACCGGGCGAGAAAGUGUCCCAACUGCGGCAAGGCGUUUGGCAGCAACGACACGAUGCGCGUACAUUUGUAAUAGCCACGACUCGGUCUUGGCCCUCUCUUUUUACUAGACAUUGUGUCAUGUACAUUACCGGCAUUUGUUCGAGUGCUCUUCCUUUUUUCUGUCUCUGUCUGUCUCUCUCUCUUACCAUUUCAGCAGAGCGUUGAGGGCAAAUGUGGAGACGAGGCACCCCGCGGUGCCUUGGAUGCGUUGGCGUUUUUUUUUCUAUUAUUUAUUUCUUGAUUGAUUCUGGGACGGGUCGUGGGUGCUUUCGAUAUAUAGCGUUGGUGUUUGGCAGAAGGGGGAGCAUGUACGAUGAGAGCUGUGAUGCAUGUUCAGAACGACAUGGGUUUGCAUGUUUUGGUAGAUGGCCUGAGCCGAGUUUGACGGUCAGGAUGUUUCAAUGGGCGUGGGCUAGAUCAGCAUGAUAGGUUCUAUGGCGUUGGGGAGAGAUGCGAGGGAGAGAAUGCCAAAGCAAGUCGUC